AUGGACUCUCGUUAUCCAAGGCUGCCAUCGAAAACAAUAUGUCUUCCUGAUUUCCAGCAACCGCAGAGUUGGGCUGAUUAUUUCGGUGCUCGAGCAAGGACGUAUUUUGUUCCACAGCAGACUGGGAUUUACCGCUUCAUGCUUUGUGAGGGCAUUUAUUUUGAUUCUAAAAAUUUGUACCUUAGUCCUUAUUAGGCAUGCAAGAAAGAGGAGGUUAGUUUCAGAAAAAAAGAGAUAAGGAGGACAAAGGUCAAUGGGGUUACGGUUGAUCAAAGUCUUUGGAGACAAGCACGGCGGUAGAUCGGUGAAUACUCAACAGUGCAACUGAACAUACCAAACUGAUUCGUAUUAUUGGGGUGUUUGACCAAUGAAGGGGUUUGAUCCAGAAGGGCAAAUGUUAUCCAGUCUGCAUAACAGGCGCUGUAUAAGCCAAGCGAGUCGAACGCAGCUUUUUGCGCUUCACGCUCUUGCCGUGUUCGCCUCCCAUGGCUGAUAAAGCGCCUGCUCUGCAGGCUAAUGUUAUCGAAAUGCUACGCAAUGGAAUUGUAAUUAUUAGACAUGCGCUUACUGAAAGUCAGAACUGGCGCGCGAUCGAACUGGUUAUUUUGAAAUUAAAAAAUUCUAGGUUUUUCUCGAAAUUUUCCCAAAACCUACCAAUGCCGAAUAUACCCUUGAUGAAUAGGUUGAUUUGGUUGAAUAGUCUUGAUUGAUAGAGCCUAGGGAUUCUCUUUACUACUGUAGCGGUCUGGUCGGCCGUUUCUAACAAUGAAAAGCGCCCUCUAAUUUUCAUCUUACUGGCACAUAGACGAACGGCUGAAUUUCAACAACCAUGUAGCUUCAAUAUGCAAAAAGACAAGCGAGCGGAUCGCAGUCAUUAGUCGCUUUAGAAAGUUGUUAAGCAUCCAAACUAAACUCACGCUAUAUAAGGCUUAUAUUUUACCUCAUUUCACCUAUUGUUCCACAGUGUGGAUGCACUGUGGAAAAACGGCAUCAGACAAACUUGAAAAACUGAACAAGCGGGCUCUAAGAUUAAUUUUUAAUGACAAUGCUAAUACUUAUGCUACUCUACUGGAAACAGCAAACAUGCCUUCUCUGCACGAAAGGAGAGUCCAGGACAUGUGUAUUCUUAUCUAUGAAGUCAUUCAUGGAAUAACACCUACUCCACUUCGCAAUCUGCUGACGCUUAGAAGUAAAUCACGUAAUUUACGGGGCGAAUUGAUUCUUGUACAACCCUGAGUUAUCACCACUAAGUAUGGACUAAACACCUUUAGGUACUACGGACCAAAAAUCUGGAACUCUCUAAAUGAUGAACUAAGAACUUCUCCGAACCUUAAAAAAUUUGUAACACGCAUCAGAAAGAUCACCUUUGACGCAUGUAACUGCUCUUUAUGUAACUGUUAGACUAUCGUUAAUAUUGUACCUUUUAGAGUCAUUAUCUGUAAACAAUAUCGCAUUAUGAUGUAAAUAGUUUAAAUUCAGUUCAUUUCUUCUUUGUUUGUUUUUAACCUCGACUCAUUAGCUACUUAAGCUAGGAGCCUAAUAAGCUCCAGACCCUCGAGUAUAAAUAAAGUUUUCAGUUUUUCAGUUUUUCUCCCCUUCCAAUGGUUUUUUACUAGCGACCAACGAAUUUUCAUGUUUACACUUUCCCCUAGUCCCUGUACGGCGUUCUCCAUGGCCUUCUCAGUCAAUAGGGACUAUGCAAAUAUGUCGCAAAUAUUUAAAUACUGGGGAGUAAAUAUAUGGCAAACAUAGUAAAAGUUGUGCAAAUCCAUUUUUUCGUGCACGGUGUAUAACGUGUGCAUGUAAUUUCUCUCAGCAUCAGAUGCCGGUAGUGAGCUUCAUAUUAGUACCAAUGAGAAACCUGUUCACCUUUCGCUGAUUGCGUCGGUUGAGGGAGGAUUUCCAACUCAACCAUAUGAGUUUGAUAGGUGAGUUGAAAGAUGUUUUGUACUAGCCUGCGUAGAACUCGCUUGAAAUUAAUGGGCGCAAGAAAGAUUAUUUGGCCUUGACGGGUAUGUGCCGCUGAACAGGUUAUGGUUUUCAGGGUCUUGAGUCUUAAACAGGGUAUAUAGUUUCAAAAUUUAGCGUCUUGAACGGGAUGUCUUUUAGGAUAAAAAGCCUUUAAAAAGGUGUGAAUGGUGGCGAUGAGUUGUGUACAUGGUAUCAACGGGAAUGUUUUUUUUUUCCAAAAAGUCUCAUUCCAAGAUGUUUGUUUAAAAAAUGGUUUGAUAAUGUGUACGGAACGAUAUUAAUAAUAAUAAUAAUAAUAAUAAUGAUUUGGAGGUAGCACAUUUACAAAGUGGUUCUUCGUCUACCCUACCCAGGGUCUUAAGUAAGGUCUCUUGUCUUAAACAGGGUAGCCAGAGGAAUGAUUUUUGUCUAAAACAGAACUAAACACUGCAAACAGUAAACAGUGUACAAUUGAAAUAAUCAGGUCUGAUGCUCGCUCGUGCAGUUUGAACUCCGUGGUGCACUUUAUUAAUAUAUAGAUUUAUCCAGGGCAAAAAACGAAGCUCCUAUUAACUCGAAUUUAUAAUUUAAAUCAAACAAUAAACUUGCAAUUGUAUUUUACAAAUCAGUUAACUUUAGAGCACAUUCAUGUGACUUUUGAGGGAAAGGCUAAGUGAUUUUAGAGAAAAAUAAUUUGCAAACAGUCCAAGCUAAGAGUGAACUUAAUCUUACAUCGAGUUGAUAGCCUUGUACACCCCAAAAAUAGCAAUCAUCUUCGAUCACAUUCAAGAGCCAUAAAAAUGGCUCUUGCUCACAUUAGAUUAGGCCUGGAAAACAAAUUCUCGGAAAACAAAUCAGGCCCAAUUUUUUGAGCUCGACAAGUUUACAAUUUAUUUUACAAAAUCUUGCUAACAAGUCUGGGGACGUGUAAACCAACUUUUUAUACUUUUUAUACAUCAUCUGAGGUGAAACAGUACCAUGAGGCAUUGCUUUUACAGACCUCGGACAGAUCACAAUUUUGCAAUACAAAUUGUACUCAUUCAACAUUCAGGUCGAUCGAAGCACGCGUGGGCUUUUACCGAAACCGUUAAAAAAAUUUCUCAAAUCACCUAUACGGCUUGCCGGUUCUCACUUUUGACAAGCGCCAAAGUCGACAGUUUAAAUCAAGAUUAAUAGAGUUAUACGCUUUAACAUGUUAAAAAAUUUAUUAUGUUUAUUUCUUUAUCUAACGGUUUUAUAACUAUGUGUAAUCUUCAAAAGCGUUUGAUACACGCAGCAUUUUGACUACUCCUGCAAGCGAUGUUCGUGAGCGACUGAAAACAAACGGCACAGCGAUUAAAAUUGCAAAAGAGACUACUAACAACCAAUAAAAGGAUAAUAAUUCGGUGAAACAUAUACAGAGACAACAAUUUUCAUUCACGAAGACAAGUAAAAAGUGUCUCUGAAAAUCCUUGUUUAUGUUUUAAGCCGGCUUCCCGGCGUUUGCUUUUUUCGAAGAUGAACUCGAGGCAAGAAAAUCGCUCAAAGCUUUCUUUUACAGCCAGAAUUAUAACUAAAUAUUCUUUGGAACGUUUUCUUUUUAUUUGCAGUGAGAAAAUGUCUAAAGGCUUUUUAAAGUUCUAUAAGCUUAUAAUCAAACCUGAUACUUGGUCAGAUCGAUCAUUGUCUUAAAUCUUACAAACGUGCAUAAACUAAAUAGCCGCAUAGACUACGCCCGACUUCAUUAAAUCAGAUAUAAAAAACAAACAUUAAAUACAAUAAUUACUCAGGCUUACCAUUCGAGAUGCUCUGAAAACUAUCAAGUAAGGCCAGAAUCGCUUCAGACUUUUCAACCCUCUUACGCAUUAAGCAAGGUAAAAAACGAAAACGAUGCCAUCCGAAUUCGGAUUUCCGACUUUGACAAGCGACGUAUUUCUCAACCAAAAACCCAAUAAACAAACUAGCUAUGAAUAACAGAAGACUCUUGAUAGGAGCAGAAUUUCAUUUUGUACAUUCAGCGGAGAAAGACAGUUAAAAACAUCUCAAGUUGACACAAAACUCUGUCAGCUUCAGCUGUCAAAGUAAACAAGUUUCAAGAUGCUGCAUAAAUUUGCCGCAUGAACUCACCUGUCAAAUUUUGACCAAUCAGAGCAUAAAAAUUGGACGUAGAGCGUGGCCAACGCGUGACCUUGGUGAGAAAAGUCAAAAGCAACUGGCAUGUCUUCCCUGCCUGCAAAAACUGGCUGAAUUUUAGCUUCCGAGGUCAGUUUGAAAUCAAAAUUUUAAUUGUGGGACACAUAUAAAUUUAAAAAAAUUAAACUUGAGCCUGCGAUCAUUUGAAAACUAGUAACUUGUCAGCGGAUAACUUCAAAAAGAUACUCGACCUCGAUGGGUCGACACCUGAGCCCGCGAUACGGUCAGGUGAUACUGGUCAGCGGAUACUCUACAGCUGUCAAUUGAUCACAACAUUGAUGUACAAUAUGUGUGCAAUAUCAGUCUUCCUGUGCUACCAAACUAGCUAGAAAGUGUGAGAUUGAACAUUGGUUUUCCUGUGGUGCGGACGGACGGGCGGGCUGCGGGCGGUGUACGGUCACGUGAUUAACAAAUUUUCUCGGAUGGGUAGAUUUACUUACCCAUGGUGCUCCGCAGGCGCGCUUCGCGCGCCAGAGCUCCGCUAUAAGUCAAUACUUAUUUGGCACAGCGGUCUACAUGUGUGUUACCCGACAAUUUUUUCAAAGAAUCUAAUUCCAUGAUGUUGGUUUGAAAAAUUACUUUAUUCUGUGUGUGGAAACGAAAUGGAUGAGGGUCAUGAAAUUAGGUCUCUUGUCUGAAACAGUGUAGUGAAAUGGCGGCACACCUCUUUCCGAACGUCCCUUGAGUGACCCCGGGUCAAUUUAUGUAGGUUUUCACCCGGGGUGGGGAGGGGGGACUCCGCAUAUGAAAGGGGUGGGGAUGCUCGUCGGAAAUGUUGACUUAAACCCUAAGGGAGACCGAUCUGGGCGUGGUCCAAGCUUUUUUUGACCCCUAAAAGAGACCAUGUUAAAACACAGACAAUAUAUAUAUUUUUAUUUUUUUCGCGUGCAACCCUAAACGAGACCUUCACGGCUAAAUAUGAUGGCGUUUUGCCUAGAACACCCUAAGUGAGACCAAAAUUCGAAAUUUACAUCCCUAAGCGAGGCGACGAGCAUCCCCACUUUCAUAUGCGGCGUCUCCCUCGGGGGGAUUUCAUUUAUACAUCCCGACUUUUACCCGGGAUUAAAGAACCAAAUCGAAGGCAUAAGAAACAUAAUCUAAUCAGCGUUAUACGUAUGGACCUAUUCGUCUGGAAAAGGGCAAAUAUUAUUACAUGGAAACUAGAAUGAAAGAUGAUCACUUCAAAGCGUCAGAUUGGGUGACGGGAUUAAAUAAAGGACCAUAUCGGGGACAACCAGUAAUAUGAUCAACCUUAUAUGUAUGAAUCUAUACAGGUAUAGCAACCAAAUAUCACUUCCUAUUCCUCUGGAAAAGGGAAAAUAUUAUUACGUGGAAACUAUAAUGAAAGACGAUCAUCAAGAUGACCACUUAGAAGUCGGAAUGGAGGCACCUGACGGGACAAAUUACACAGUGAUACCCUCGACAUUCUUGAGGACCAGUUUGCCUGUUCCACCCCGUAAGUCAGUGACAAUGAACUUUUUCGAUACUGUCAACCUGGCCCGGCUUGUUCAAACGUUGGAUUGCGCUAUCCACCGGAUAAUUCACUAUCCAGCAGGCCCCGGUUGUUCAAACGUUGGAUAGCGCUAUCCACCGAAUAAAUCACUAUCCAGCAGAUAAGUGUUAGGGAAACCAAUUGCGUUAUCCACUGGAUAGAUUUUUAACCGGUGGAUAGCACUAUCCAACGAUCGAACAACCGGAGCCAGAUAAGUAUAAGGGAAACUAAUUGCGCCAUUCAGUGGAUAGAGAUUUAUCCAGUGGAUAGUGUUAUCCACUUUUUGAACAACUGGGGCCUUAAAGAUAAAUGAUGAUGAUGAUGAUGAUAAAUACUUGAUUGGUGGGAGGCAAACCAUUAUGAUGCCAGUUGGCUAUUAUAUGAGCUUGGUCGCCGACAAUUGGACCUCGGGAUUACCGAGAACAAAUCAAACUGGUGGUCAGGGCGGGACUUGAAAUCUGUAAAUAACAAUUCCAGCGCUUCAGUGACCUCCCAGCGUGGACUGAUUGAGAGGUCAGAGUGCAGACAAUGGUUGGGAGGAAGAUUUCUCUCGAUUCAGCAGAAUGAGUUGUCGACGUCCGAAGGAAUAAUGCACAUUGUUAUCAUAAUAAUAAUGCAUGUUAGAAUCCUUCGAAUCGACAACUUCAUUCAGAGCCUAUCGUGACAAUACGCUAGAAAUUUCGUUCUCCCCAUGUGAAGAAAUCUGAAUUCCGGAGUCCCGGAAAUUGUUGCCUGUAGAAUCCGGAAUCCAGAAAUGUUUUCUUGUAAAUCUGGAAUCCUGGCUUGAAAUACAGCUCUGAAAUACAGCUCAACGAAUCCGGAAUCCCUCUAACGAUUGGAAUCGGGAAUCCAAGUUCCACUGACAAGAAUCCGGAAUCCAGUCCCUGGAGUCCAGAAUCCGUAGCUUGGAAUCGACAAUCCAAGACGUUCUUGGAUUCUCUUAUCUGACAAUCGGACUUAAUCCUCUCGGUUGUGUAUUCCCGCUUACAGGACAAGAAAUAUGGAAGAGAAGUUUUUUUUUAUGAAAAAGGGAAACAGAUUCAAGUUGACUAUUGGUCAAAUCAGGAAAGGGGACAUUUAUGUCUAUUUUGACAACUCACGAUCUCUAGUGUUUUGAUUCCUAGUUGACAACGAUUUGAUUCAUCCGUACGACGAAUGAGAUGCAUUUUUCCACUGUCGAAUUUAAAACGUUUAAUUCAUUUGUAUGAUUCCGUGGAGUUAACAACUUCUCAACGGCCCAGUUUAUCAAUUGAGCAAUCCUUUGGGGGCGCUAUUUAUCCAUUCAUGGUGGCCAAGAAACGUAUUUUUCGGGCUUAUACGUCACAAGUGUGAGUGUGAUCUAUUUGGAAGCACUGUUAACAUCCAAAAGUCACGAUCGAACAAAACAAAACGAAACAAAACGAGCAAACAAACAAAAACACACACAAAGUAUCGAGCAUUUACCAAAAACUGUUGGACAGAGAAAUUAACGACUGAGCAAACAGGAACAACCUAACGUCAUUUUGAAAAUCAGCAUUCAGAGAAAUACCAUAAAGAGUCAAUCAAUUUUUUCCUUACCAGAGACACAAUUCCAUCUAUUUCCAAAUAGCUGGGCAGCCGAGGCAAACAACUUUUCACGCAGAGCAGCAAACCUUGAGCAGUACAUGCACAAAAUAAUGCUUCGUAUCUUUAACGGGUGCAUAGAAAACAGCUCAGGCUACUGAAGAAUUAGCCUUUGGCAGCUUUUCAUAGAUAUAUAGUUUUACCCAAGCCUAAAAGCGAAGCUUCGGUUUUUAAUUUUUUUAAAUUAACGAUUAUUGGAUGAUAAAGGGAUGUUCAGUUCUGCAGAUAUUCUCCAAAUAGCAAAUGUCGUCGGUCCAAUUGUAGUCUUGUUGUUCUUGCUAUGUUUUGAGGCAUGCAGUAGUUACCCUAUGUCUUCUUCGCGAAACGUGUGAAAUGUUGCUCCAUUUUCUACUGCUCUACCAAAACAACUCAACCUCGUCCCCAGAACUUGUCGGUUAACGGUCCAAUUUUCUGGCAUUUAUGCUGCACUAUACACCGAAUGCAAAUAUGGCAGACCUCUCGGCCAGCCCUGGUCUAGUUGCGCACAAGAGAGGCUAGUGAGGCCUCGAGAGUUUUGUUUUGACUGUGCGUCUUAGCGAUUGAGUCGAUCGAUAUGGUUUGCUUCGAGUUGUUGCUUCGCUGGGCACCACCAAGAGAUUUUACUCUGACAGGAACUACCUUUACUUUCCAGAAAAUCUUUUCACAAAGAAAGCUAAGGAUUCACGCGAUUCGGCCCGGCGAGGGGAAGCACUUCACAGCGAAAGUGCAAGUGCAAGUGCAAGUGGUCGCUUCACUUGCUUUAGAAGAGAUGACUCUCGAAAGUAUUUGAAUGAAAGAAUUUUAGCAAGAGAUGGUGCUGUUCCAUAAUGCUUGCAUAGUCUGUUAUUUAUCGAAAAAAAGGUAAACGUUCUCGAGAACGGAAGCAUCCGCUGACGACUUUAAGAUCUUUUAGAUUUCACGCUGGAAACAGCUGUAUUGAAAUAUAACAAGAAUCGCCGAAAGGCGAUUUUUAACUGGGCUGCAAAGGGGCUAUUUUUUUCUGAGGGGAGGGGGCGGCUAUACACACUCAGGCUACCAUAAAACCUUGUAGGCAACCAUUGCAUGCAACAGAAUCUCAUGUGAGACUGAAACAUAAACUCAUUCAGAACAUUGUACCCUUUUGAAAGACUUUCGUAACCAAAAAAAGAGAGUACCAUUUUUAAGUGGGGGCUGUAUAAUAUCUUUUAAAUUCCACCAUUAUGAAUAAAAAUAAACGAGUUAGCCAUUAAUUGUCAGCAGGAAACAAUUUGCAUUAUUUCCACGCACCCCUCCCCCAGUCCCUCUGUGCCCCAAAAUAUAACGUGACAGUAUAACGUGACUAAUUUGACGUAACCUGAAAUUCCAAAAAUUGUUGUCCUUCUACGAGCAUAAAAUGCGACAGACUGAGCUGAUUUACACUAGACACAAAUAUUGUAUUGUAUGAAAACCAGAAGUAUACUAAAACAGACAGUUAACUGUUCAUUGAUCCCGCCUGAUCCAGGGGGCCUCACUGACUGCACGGAGACUUUACUGCGCUUUUCACAACCAUGCGAACUCUAAAGAUCAAAAGCCACCUUCACAAUUGUGUUUAUCGCUUCCGUCAAUCAUAAUUACGAUCACAAGCAACGAACCUUGAAACAGAGAAACACACAAAACGGAUCGAAAUUCACAAAUCACAAACCGUGACCUUUUGAACCCGUGAAGUAAAGUUUCGUUUCCUAAGAGGUCCUUUAAGAUGAUUGACAGCAGCGAAAAACGCAAUCGUCGGUUGGGUUCUGAACUUCAGAAUUCGCAUGUUUGUGAAAAGUGCGAUCCUAAUUUGGGGUCCACAGUCUACAUGAAAACGCACUAUUUUUUCCACAAGAUGAAAAAUAUUCAGUUUUAAGAUUUUCCUCAUGGUAUUUUUCUCUAACUUAAAGGAAUAAAAUCCUUUGCAUUUUGAGACCUAAAAAAGUUUAAAGAUUUCUCACUCGCAUGUUGCGUUCACCAGCACGCACUUCAAACAACUUAAAUAGAUGAAACGAUCGAUAACAUAUUUUUUACCUUAUGCCGAUGCGAGUUAAAAAUUCGCUCCAGUUCUGUUUGUCUCACCCAAGACUAACUUUUCUUCAUGGAAGAUAACUAUGCCGCUUUAUAACUCGUCCGAAGUUUUUGUGCCGGCUAAACAAUAUGGAAACACUAUUCACAGUGACUCCUUGGAUAUUAAAAAGACUGAACGUGACGCACCAUUAUGCUUUUGUUUACUUCUGAUCACAUCUUCAAGCGAAGUCUCUCUUUUCAAGCGAUUCAUCUCAAUGCACAAUAAUUGACCCUUAUGUUAGUUAAAAUCCUAUGGUUCAUUUAUAUUAAUGCUGUUUUUGCCCCUCACAUUGAUUGUGUUCGUUCGCAUUCAAAACACAUUUACGAAAAUAAAGGUCGUAUAAGUCAUGUCUUAUGUUUCGAGAUAAAUGGAUUAUGCGCUUUUUUAAGUUUCCAUUUUGCGGUGACUUCAUUUUGCAUCUCCAUAAAAUGGUAAAAGAAAUAUCAAGAAACAUCACGAGAGCUGAAAAUUUUCAAAGGCAUGUUUCUGAAACUCGCUCAUGCUGACAUCAAUAUAGCGUGCUUGCUGAAUGGGCGAAAACACAGAAUUGUGAUCACAAGAUCUUGUACAAAUUUAAUGAUAAAAGCUUAGCAAUAUACAGAUACAAACAAAAGCAAACCCCCUGAAAGCUCGACGUGGGCUACACUUGUAUGCUCUGCUCAGUCACCAAACCUUGUCAGUAAUAGCUCAUAUUUUCCUCAAGUCGCUCUCUGUGAAGCUCCCGGAUGGGAUGUCCCAGUGAAGCUUUAAACUUGUGUGCGAAAUCCUCAGAGUUCCUAUUUUUGUCCGUGUCUUCUUUAUCCCCAGUAUCCGAAAUUUAGACCUCGAAAGUGGCGUGUGUUGCAUUAAAUAGAAGGAAAUAUUUAAAGGAAAAGCCAGUCUUCUAACAUGGCAAAGUUGUGACGUCCCUCGCUAUGUACGUGCGUCACAUCAGGAUUCAUCUUCCAUUCAUCGGCAACUGAGUUGUUCGCUUCACUGACUAUGACGGUUUACAAUCAAGUCUUCAGCCAUAGUGUCAACUGGUGAAAUACCUUUCUCAUAAAUUGUGCUUCUUAAUUGCUCAUGUACUACAUCGAUCGAUAGUUCACCAAGCGGCCACGGCGUUCCAAACCUGACGCUCACAGUCAUCUUUUCAGUCUUAAAACCUUAGAACCUACCGUGAACGGCGUGUCGGUUUGAAUGCAACGCGAGCAUUUCUCAGAGUUUCCCAGCGCCAACAUCAUCUAACUGACUUAAACUCGAACAAUAAAAAAAUUAUAGAGUGACUCCCACGAUUGAAUCGCUUCGAACAACGCAAAUGGCCUUCUUCAGGUUCGCAACGCCUUGUGGGUUUUUCAGGGGGAGCGCAGACGAGGUACAAAAAGUAUCCGUGCAAGGGUUCGUGCAAGAGAUAUAUGAAACCAUUUAUGAGAACAUCGUUUCUCAGUACCAGACCCUCGUGUCUUCCCUCCCCCGGGAGACCACUUUUCGACACCGACGACAGAAAGCCCAUUUUAUGACUGGGCCGCACAGGCAGCCCAGUAACAACAGUGACGAGUGUGAAUGAAACACAACAAUAACAAUUGCCUGUUAAUCCUACAAGCGUGGCCUAUGAAACCAUGUAAGAACUAGAAGUAAGCGACAUGUGUGAAGAAUAGUCCUUUGAUCAAAGUGCACUGAAAAAACUAACAAAGGAAGUGUCGCGAACUAAGAAAGUGAAAAGAAGGAAAAAGCUUCUGGCAGGGAAUGAGCGUGCAAGAAAUUAGAGCAUUGUAUAAAAUUUGCCCUUGCGCGUCUUAUAUUUUUAUUAAGCAACUGGUCGAAGGGUUUCGAGAAUAACAGCGGUUUUCCAAAAAUUGCUACUUUUAUGGCACUACUCAAACUCUUGAAAACAGGAUCGUGAAGGCUUUGAAAACAUUCGGCCUCGUUGUAAACAUUUCAUGCACGCUGAGAAGUGUCCCUGAGAGCUCUUAUGGAUUGUUACAGAACCAUCUCUCAGGUAUCCUCCCAUUCAAUAGUUUCGUGAGUCUUCUCUUCUGAAGUGAAGCAAGCACAUUUUCGUUCUUUUAACUCCGUGAUAGCAAAGUGCUUCCAUUCGCCUCGCCGAAUCGCUUGAAUCCUUUUCUUUCUUCGUACAGAACCUUCGCAAAGGGAAGAUAAUCAACUUUCGUUUCUUCUGGAGUUAAAUGUCCUCAUUGAUGGCUCUUACUCGCGUAACAACUCGAAGCAAACCACAUCGAUCGACUCAAUCGCUAAGACGCGCAGUCAAAACUAAACUCUCAGUAACUCUUGAGGCCUCAUUAUCCUUGCUUUCGCGCAACUAGACUCGGGCUGGCCAAAAGGUGCGCCAUAUUUGCAUUCGGUGUAUUGACGUCAUUUUCCACAUAUCGCAAACGUCUUCCAAAUUUGGUCAACGAUGGCUGUUUAUGAAGAAUCAACCGUGGGAUUUGAGGCAAUUAGAAAGUGAGAAAUAUCUGGAAUGAAUAAAUAAGAAAUUCGAUCGUAGAACGUCAUGAGAUUAGUAGAGAGAGAAAAGCCAAGAAAGAAAAAAAAACAUAGUCGAAGAUAAUAAAUAAAUAACGAAAUGAUAGGUUUAUCCAAGAUUCAAAUUUGAAACCCUUACUGGCUAGGUAAGGUACGCACUUACCAUAACGCUACGUAAUGAACCAGAACCUCAAGUAAAAACAACAUUGCUCUCAACGAAGAGAUAGAUUUACGUACGUGCUUACCAAGACGCUACUAAAUGAACCAGAUAUGAGCCUCAAGUGAAAAAAAAAUUGCCGGAGGAAAACAAAGUGUAAAGCCGGUCAAGCCGUAUUAAACGUCAAGCAUGAAUUCAAAGUUGUAUUUCAGGAAAAAAGCAGGGGUUUGACUGUAGAGAGCCGAAUUUGGACCCCUUUGUUGCAUUCGAAGAACAAAUGCCCUGUAGAGCCGAUAUACCGACGAUAAAACUCGACUGCUAAGUAAGACGCAAAACAAAUGUUCUCUUAUCUCGGUCUUAUUUUGAAUUUAACGGCCUAGAUCGCUUCCAUUUCUGUUUAAAGUACUUCCAUAGUCGAAAUUUAUCGCCAAAAGCAUUUCGUGGCGGCUAAAAUGGCGUUUUUUGCGGGGUUUUGUUUACUCGCGGUCUUUGCUAGGUAACUGUGGACACCCGUGAGCUCGAUAUAUUGCCGCUUCGUGUUUCAGGCUACCUCGCUAGAGAUCCAGGCGUAUUCAAGCAUGAUCCGAAUCCCGCCAAAAUUGUAAACCUCGCAUGGCGAGGAACUUAAAAGUAAACACUGACUUUGUUUAUUUCGAUGUAAAAUUAGUUACUUUUUUGUGCUUAUGAACAGAUAAUAACUUCUCCUACCAAGCCAUUUUGCUUAAGGUAGCCGCGGAAGCUGGUGCGAAGGCUGGACUAUCUUUUGGCGAAAGAUGGGCCAAGAAAACAGGCGCAAAAGCAGGAGCUAAAGCUGGUGCAAUGGCAGGAGUACAAGCUGGAGCAUGGGCUGGAGGAACUGCAGGAGAAAACGCAGCCAUCAGAAUGAUUACAAAAACACUGGAGGAUGGGUUAAACAAUCUUCAUGGUAACGACGUGCAUAAAUAUAAGAUUAACGUAGUGGAUGGUAACGUGGUCUCAGUCACUGGACCUGGAAUGACAGGAGCCAGUGCAGCUGCAGGAACAGCAGCGAAUGCUUGGGCUGGAGGGACUGUCGGGGUAGGUGGGUCUGGUGGAGCCGGCGGAAGUGCAGGCUCGGUUGGAACUCCUGGAACAGGUGGGAUGGCUGGAGCUACUGGUAGUGGUGGAGCUACGGUAGCUGCUGGAAGUGCAGGUGCAGCGGCAGGUGCAUCUGGGGGAGCCGGGGGAGCCGGAGGAUCAGGGGGUGCUGUAGGUGCUGGGGCUACUGGGAACACCGGUACAGGAAGUAGUUCGUCUGGUGGUGCUGCAGCAGGAGGUGCAGCGGCUGCUGGUGGAGGAGGCUCUCGGGUUUCCGGUGCUGCAAGUGUAGGCGUUGGAACUGGAAGUGCUGGAACAGGCGGAGCCAGCUCUGGCACAAUGAAACCUGCCAAAUGGACGUAUAUACCAAAACCAGGAGAAGAUCCACAAUUAAUGGCACUUAAUUUGGUCUGGAAGGCCGGGGGAGCGAGGAAAAGUAAGUCAGAUAAUGUUAUCGAUACUAGAAAAUUAAAUUUUGCUUUGGGAAACCCGCUAAUGUAUGGAUAGACGGUGUAGCUGUUUUUAGAAGACUAUUUUUACGUUUAAAAUCAUUCUCUCAAAUUACUAAGAAUCCCAUGAUGCAUCGCUUCAUACUAUAUUAUCAAACUUCCGAACGCACGUGAUCGUAUCAGUUCAACAGGGACGUGACAGUUGAACAACGGUGGAAAGCGACUUGUUUUGCCGAUAAAACUUUCUGUACCUUUGCUGUGUCGAUCUAUUUACGAUUUUAGUUUUACCAUUCCAAAUGUAUUUCUUGUUUAGUCAAAGAGAGUGUUUUGGUCGCCGACUAUGAGUUAACUAGCCUUACGAUAGCCAGGCAGUCCACGUAAAUGUUCUUAGAAGCUAGCGAGGAAGGUCUUUGCCUCAGUACGUCCUGUUUUAACGUGCGUUGAUAAAGCUCUCCAUGGAUUAACAAGCGAUUUCGACGUACUUGUCUUGACAUAAAUACAUAUAUUCUAGGUGUGAGAUUUCUCUUCGUUGCUUGUUUGUGAUCGCGGUGCUCAUAUUGUCAGUUCGAUUAUUCAUCGAUGCAGUACAUCAACCGUACGGUGACCGCACAUGCUUUUACUUCAACAAGCUCGGCUUAAUGCAGUCGAAAAUACCGAGACCAUUAAAGUACAAAGCGACGUCUAUCGGAGAUAAAAUUCAAAGGAGGCAAACAGCUCCAACAAACAAUAAAAAUAACAAAGACAUCUCUAUAUUUUUCGUAACGCAACACCAGCUAAGCAUCAUUGUCAAACAUAAACAUAUACAAAAUACAUAUACAAAAAAACCCACUUCUUCGGUACAAUGGAUCCUAAAAGAAUUAUCAAAAUGUCUUAAAGGUUUUUCACGCCAGUUGAGGUCUUACUGCAUGCUAUUCCAUGACAAGCUAUGCCAUUUGCUGGCCUGUAUAUUUCAAGUUCGCCACGCGCGGUUGCGACCGAAAGCCACCGUGAGAAACCAAUUUUACCUAAAACAAUGAGACAAAAAAGCUUUAAUACUAUAAACCAUUGAAUUCAAACAUUCAUCAUACCCUCAGGAGAUAAUAGUUGUGUUUUGAUCAGCGAAAAAAGAGCGAAUUCAAGAAAAAAUGUCCCAUCUUCGCAGGACUUAGCAUAAAGAAAUUGAAACCUUCGUCUUGCAUCUUAGCGGAGAAAGGGCAGAAAAUGCGAUAUUUCAAAACGAUCAAACCCAUAAAAAUCGCGAGGUUGAAAGAGGUCGGAGCGUGGACCUAGUAUCAAGCACUCCUUGCCCGCCGAUUUAAACAAUUUAUUAGGGCAAAACCUUGCUAGGAUACAGACAGUUUUCGAUAAUUGAAAGUCAUCUAAAUAAAUACUGUAUUCACUUGCGAGUUAAAACAGCAUGGCUUAACAGGGUCGUAAAGGAGAGUAAUAAUGCGUGAAAUGACCAUGGAAACAUUUUACAUUAUUAAUAAGAUACCAAAGAUUAACAGGGCUCAUUGAAACUUACCUUGGAUGAGCUGCAUCUUGAAAUUUAGGUCGUUUAAAAUCUCCCUCUAAACCUUCGAACGCUCAUUUCCACCGCGGAGAGAAGACAGAAAUUAGCCGCGAAGCAUCAUGGGAUAUAUGAAAUUCCCCCCUUUAUCUCAUGUCUGAGUCCAAAUGUAAGUUUUGAAGAUAGAUAACGAGGCAAUAGUUAGUGAACAGUUAUCUGAAUAGUUUGUAUUUGCCUUUGAAGUAUCAUCUUUUAUCAAUAAAUUGAAACCAUAGAAGAGAUGAAGUUAUCUUUCUACCCUUGCAUUCAUGCAUGCAUGCAUCCAUCCAUCCAUCCAUUCUGAUUCAUUCAUUCAUUCAGUCAGUCAUUCAUGCAUGCAUGUAUUCAUUCAUUCAUUUACUUGGUUUUCAAAGUUUUUGAUACUUUUGGGGGCUUCGAUCUUUAACUCUUCACCUUUGAGCGCCACAAGGCUCAAAAACUGCGGGUGAAAGUAAAAAAUAUAAACCUCAAACAAAUAUUCCUUCUUGCGCUCAACUAUGGAAUAAACUUCCAGAAGAUGUCAAGCUGGCCGAUAAUGUCUAAGCUAAGAUCAAUUCAGCUGUAAUUUUUAUACUUUCAAUUUUUUUUGUAAUUUCUAUAAUUUUUUAUAUUCAUGUGUACAUAGAUUAUAGAUUAUACGUUUAAUUUUUUUAUACUAGGUAUUAUUAUAUAAUUUUAGAUUUAAUGCACGUUCGUAUUUUGAACGAGCAUUUGUACUCUUAGACGAUAACGAGGUUAAAUAAAUUAGUGUUGUUGUUGUUGUUGAUAUAAGUAUAACUAGCAUUAUCUGAAUAAGUAGAAGUCAUAUGACUUAGAGUUUUCUAUUAAUAUUCUGUUCUAUUCUAUUUGCAAGUUGCAAUAAAUUGAUUAAUCUAUUAUAAUUGUUACCAUUUAGAGUUGUUAAAGGAAUGAAAUAUAAAAAAGGAUUAUCCUAUAUAAAGAUUCGUUUAUUGUUGUUCUUGUACUUCUCUAUUAUUUUCAUUAUACUUAAAUAUGUCUUUCUAAAUUAUUUGUUCAUUAUUUCUUUGUCUUAGUCGUAGCAAAUGGAAUGUAUACUUUUCAUUCAAUGGAAGCACCGUACAGCCAGGAAAAUGCCUUUCUCAACGAUUGCUGGAGAUCAAAAUAUGGUUUAUUCUACGUAGAUAAAUUUUGUCAGGUAUUUAUUACCCGUAUUCCUGCCUUGUCAAAAGAAGCCAGCACAUCGAGAGACACAGUUUCCUUUGAAUCUGCAUGUCGGCCAGGAUAUUUCUUGCGCCAAAAGAACUAUAACUUCAUUCUCCAAAAGAGAGACGGAACGGAACUUUUCGGUAGGUAUACAUCAGAAUCUUUUGCUUUUAGACCCAGGCCGCGGGGUGUGGUGCUCCCCUAUAUAAGCUAUGAUAUGUAGUCAUGUGCCGGCCCAAAUGGUACAGUUUUUGUCACAAAAAUGGGUAUAGCUUUAGUCCAUAAUUUAUGAUCUAGCAAAAUACGGAUACGAUUUUAAAUGGAACCACGAGGACGUAUAAAUUUAUUAGUUAUUCAGCUAUAAACGUGUUUGUGUUGUUGUUGUUUUUUUUUUUCAGAUGAAUAAGACCGUCUAGUGUCAAAUACUUCUUAGUAAUAAAUAAUGCUUUUGUUGACUUCACUUGAACAAGGUAACCGGGGAAGGUACACCCAUACAUGGGCUAUAUGGAUUUUGAGGGCUUUCUAUCCUCCCUUGGUUCUCGGUGUGAUCCUUAGAAAGGGUUCCUUACUAUAUAUAUCAGCUAAAAAUUCAAAUGCGUAUCACGUAUAUGCCCAUCUGCGCGAGAAACAAAUCACCUGUUAAAACUGAACUUUUCUUCGAGAAACAGUAAAGCAAUUAAAGAAAGAUUCGUGUGUUUCCAUUAAAUUCUUAGUUUUUGUUUUUCCCUUGAUUGUCUCAUUUUUCAGGUUUGGGCCUUAAAUAAGGUAUCAGUUUUGGUCUGUCUGAUCCAUAAAUACGGUCAGGGUCUAAGACGGCACACACCUAUCCAAAAUUUAUGGGAUAACCACCCCCACCAGGAAAAAGGUAAUAGAUUGGCGACCAGAGAACAACUUUCAGAGGCCACUUCGGAAAAAAGGAUGGAAAAAUGUUUUGGACUGAGAUAAGGCUAGGAUUUGGAAAACCGCGCGAAAGUUUCAAAUAGUGAAAGUUUUUCCUCUACACUUAAAGACUCAGUUUCGCGAGCCGCCACUUUUCGUCAUGUUUAGUAGCCUAGCCCUUUUAUCCGUGACGGCAUUCCGUCGAAGGUAAGCUGAUUGGUGGGAAGUUCAAGUGGAAUGCCAACUUUCAAGAAACAAAAGAGGCAAGGCCGAUUUUACUGUCGGGAAUUUAUAUUUCUUUUACCAAUAUUUAUGAAGGCACGGGCUUCUUCUUCAGGCUACUUGCAUGCAAUGAUAAGAUAAAGCUAAGACGUUAAAAUUUGAAAUAAAGAAUAGCUAGCCUGUACAAAGACGUUGUUUUAUUUUUCUUUUCGUUUUUUUGGAAAAAAAUCGGCCAGCAAGCGAUAGUGUGCGAUAUGAUACUAUGAUAACAGGUGAAAAUUUAAAUUAGAAGAAAAGUGAACCUUAAAAGUACAUCUGUAUGAAAACAAAAACCGUUGAAUAAGUGAUAUGAAGGAAAUUUGAAAUGUAAAAAUAGUAUAAAUAAAUGUUUACAAACGGAAGAAAUAAAACAUUUAAAAAAGGUUGCAAUAUUCUUUAAAUUAUUCUGGUACGAGGAUUUUGUCCACUGAAUAUUAAAAUUACUCAAUUUCCUGGUGGAUUCCGUGUUAAUAUUUUAAUUGUCAUCUGUUAUUAAAUCCCCAGAUAAAGACAGUUCAUUUUUUGUCUACGACGUCGUAACGUACACUCGCUAUUUUCUCUUCAAUUCGAUGCACAAAGACUGGUAUGUCUGCGACGAAAGUAGGGGUGAAGAUCGUCGAGUUCCCAAAAUAAGUAAACUUGCUCUAGACUUUUACAGUGGUAACCCAGACGUUCUUCCACGUUGCGCCUUUAUACUCAACCCAAUAGAAAAAAAUGGCGACAAGUUUAGGAACUGUAAAAACUUUAUUGGGCCAGUGGAAACUCCAGAAAUAAGCGGACAACCUCUUCCUCAUCCACCUCAUUUGGUUUCGAAUAAACCACCGUCUCCUUUUGGUCUACCAACCUGUAUACCAGUUUGCCCAGCGGGACCAACACAGCCUGGAGCUCAGGCAGGACAAGGGAGUAUGGGCCAAGCGGGUCCCGGCACCUCCCCUGCUGAAGCGAGUUCAUCACAUGGAGUUCAACCUUCUAACAAACGUAAGAGAUAGGCGAUGAAUAUACGUAACUUCCUCAAAUACAAGUUUUCCCUUGAUAAAUCCCCCCCUUCCCUUUGAUACAAAAAAAGAAGUAAUUGCUGCCAGCUACUCAUACGCUUGAGUAAUCAAGAGAGAUGAUAAACAAAUAUGGUGUCAAAUGAACGCCUAUUUAAAUUUUUCGAGUCGAGAGGAUGGCUCAAAUAGGUAGGGGGACUCUUCGGUCAUAUUACGGUAUUUAUGGCUAUAACUUUCCGAAAGAAACAUCAAAUAAUCGCACAAAACCCACCUUUCCAAUAAGCAGCCAUUUAUCGAGCAAAGGAUAUUGUCCCCGCUUUCAACUUUUAUUAAAACUACAGAAAAAAAAAAGAAAUUAAUUAAAAGUGGGUACGGAUGGGGAUAAUUGGAGAAGGUUUAAACAGAUUGCAUUCAGAUCAACUUGAUAAACAGUCUGACACUGUUCACAGUGAACGCACCCCCUCAAGAGGGUCAUAUUGGUGUUAACCGUCAGACGAUCGAGGACGUAAUCGUCAACCAUCAAAAAGCUAAAUUUUUUUAACGCUAGCCACCAAGGGUCUAUUUACAAACGAGUGAGAAAGAAAAUUAUUUUUUCACUGAAUCAUCAUCAUCGGUCGACCCGGAAGAACAGUCGACUGAAAAUCGUCUGACUCCAACUGUGGCAUGUGUAUAAUUUUCUUGUAUGGUAAUGACGUCAUGUUGGAAUAAUAAAAGAAGGUAACUGUUAACAAUUUUUAGCCUUUAACCGUCAGAGCAACCCCCCAUUAUGACCCUUACUGUAAUGUACGUAACUCCGUUGAAACAAUUGCCUCUGAAAUGUUUAAAGAUGGACUUUCCUGUAUCCGACAGUAUCCGAGGCAGACCAUGGUUCACCAUAAACUUGUUGCUUUUUAUCACAGCAUACUGUGUUGCGGUAAUCUUCGACAACAAGGUUGGCUCUCCUUUUACGUUGUACUCUUCUCUAAAACACGAGGGAUAUCUCGUCACUGGAUCUGGCUUUAAACUGAAACUUUUGAUAGAUCGACCAGAACUGCACAGCCACGUGACCUUCUACGCUAAAGACCCAGGUGGAAAUCGAGGAGACUUGUUAAAUGGGGAACCAAGUAUUUCAAGGCCUGUGGUUUCUAACUGA